UCCGGUUUCUCCUCCAGUGUUUACAAUCUUAUGUGCCUGAAUCUGGUCAAAUAUUUUGUGCUUCGUUUGCAAUUAAUAGCUACAUCUGCAACAGAAUGAAGGAUACUAUUUGUCGAAAAUCAAUGGAGAUGUGUGCCCAUAGAAUCACACGAUCUAUGAUUAAUUAAUGGAAUAGACUACCCAAAAGUCUGCGACCUCUGGCUCGUUUUCACUGAUGUGUUUUUUUCAUCACUCGCUUUGUGUAUUUCAUUUUAGGAUGCCUAUGUUAUUCCGUCAGCUACCUAAGGGAUGACAGUGACAUUUUAGUAUGCCUGAUGAAGCAUAUUGUGAUGCCCAUAUGUGAUUUCUUUCAUGUUGUGUUUUCAUUUGACUUAUGCCUGGGAAAUCAAAUUUAAGAACCACAAAGGUUAAUGCAUUCCAUUUAUUUAAUUAUUGUUAGAUUUGUAUAAUAUAUAAGCAUGGACAAACGAAGAGUGUUAUCAAAGAAAAAAGACUCUGGCUUGAAUGAGGGUAUAGCAGGCAGAUAUGUGAAACGGGACACUCCGCCUAUUCUACGAAAUUAUCACACACCUGUUCGACAGGGCACAAACUUCCAGCGGCGGACGGCCAGGUCCCCUGCAUCCUACAUUCCUCAUCAAGUUAGUGGCAAUGUCAUCCCCAACACCAUGGCGUCGCCACAGUCCCGGCUUGCUGGUCAGCCUGCCCAGUAUGCCCUGGUCUCCACCAGUGCCCCGGUGCAGAUGGACAGACAGAUGUACCAGCACUACCAGCAACAACAGGCACCAAGCUCACAAGGACAAAUGUCUCAGCUCAGUCAAGGGAUUCAGAAUAUACGUAUUGCCUCCCCUGCUCCUUCAAGAACUGAAACCACGCCUCAAUCGCGUGGCGUUAAUGUGGCGUAUGCAUAUCCAGUGGGUGCUAUGUCCAGUGCUACCACUGCCUUGUCAAACACAGGAGGACCCAUCUCAAUACCUCAGAGUGGUCACUAUCAAAAUUUACAAAAUCAGCAGUUACAAAAUAUACAGCAGACAUUUCCUACCCAUCAAGUGGAGGACCGAAACCCUAAUUCUCAUGGGAUGAUUCGAGAAGAUGAUAACCAGGAACCUGUGACAACAGCUGCAGCACACUACGGCUUCAGCAACUACAACAACAGUGGUGAGUACUUCAACCUACAGUAUGACGACAACUACCAGAUCCAGCAGUACCACCAGGAGAUCCGCAACCACUACGCUCAGCAGAACCCUGCCAACCAGCAACCUGUCCCAACCAGCAUGUACUCCCAUGUGGAACACAUCACAACACAAGAAGUUCAUUCCACAACAUCAUCAUCAACUGGAUAUGGUUCAGAAGAGAUGCCCCUGCCGGUCGGCUGGUCAGAAGACUGGACAGUGAGGGGGCGCAAGUUUUACAUUGACCACAACACACAGACCACCCACUGGAGCCACCCACUGGAGAAGGAGAACCUCCCCUCGGGAUGGGAAAGGAUAGAAUCCAAAGAAUAUGGCAUCUUCUAUGUCAACCAUGUGUCAAAGACUGCUCAAGUUCAGCAUCCAUGUACUACACUAGUCCCGCAGCAUGGCUUGAUGUUGAGCUAUGGCCGCCAGCCACAGAUACCCCUGCACAUAGAGUACCGCCCACCGAGACAAACCAACGUCCUCGUACCUGCUAACCCUUAUCUUCAUACAGAAAUUCCCCACUUUCUAAUGGUGUAUUCUAAAGCUCCCCCAGAUCAUGAUCACAAACUGAGGUGGGAGUUGUUUCGCCUCCCAGAACUGGAAUACUAUGAUGCUCUGCUUGUCCGACUGUGUAAGGAAGACCUGAAGAAAAUAGUUAUGACAUAUGAAGCAUAUCGGGGUGCCCUGUAUCGAGAGCUGGAACGGAGGAAGGAGGAACGACAGCGAGAACAGCAGGAACGUCAGCAAGAACAACAGCAACAGCAGCAAUUAAGAAUGCUCACGCAGAACAUUGAAACUAAAGUCUAGUGUUAACCUGAAGUUAAUUUAUUGGUCUAAUUUUAAGUUAAAAUGACAAGUUAUUCAAUAUUUCAUAAAGAAAUUUGAAUCCAUUUCAAUAAUGACGAAAUGGCAUUUCAGAUGUUGUUAAUGUCACAUUAUUUGGCACUUUUAUAAGAAAAUGAUUAUAAAGAUUUAAACACUGUAAAGGUUAUCAUAGUUGUGCUACUACUAAUUUUUCAUAGAAUUUUAAUAUUAUUUAAAUAGUUGAUACAGUGUGUAUGUUGCAAGGUAACAAUAUUACUUGAUAAAAGUGAUUAUAGAAGUGUGUGGGAAAAAUAUGUGAUACAAAAUUUAGGUUAAACUGAUGGUACAUAAAUAUAUGUGAUACAAAAUUUAGGUUAAACUGAUGGUACAUAUAUUUUUAGGUGUUGACUACUGUAUGCUAUGCUUAUUCGUUUACACAUAAUUCAUAUGACAUAAUUAUCAGUUAAAUACUGAUACCCUCAUUUGCACAUAGAAUGGUAAAACUGAGAGCUUAACGCUUAUGGCCAUUUUCAUUGGAAAUACUCAAGUGUUGGGAGUAGAGACAGUACUCUGAGAAAGUCUCCGCUAUAUGCAUCUUACGCUAGUUUGUGUUUAUGAUGUUGUGUAAUCUUGUUUAAGUUAUGGUUGUCUUUCACUCACUCACUCACUCACGGACACACACUCACUGACAUACACUCACUCACUCACUUAUUCACUCACUCAUUUAUUCAUUUGCUGUAAACUCAGCAUGAGGUAGGAAACUGGGGUGAGAUGUUAAGUCCUUGUUUGUUUCCUGUAUAGGGUUAUUGGUAGCUUAGUGGGUUUGCGUUUUCUUGUCAUACCAAAGACCUCGGGUUAAAUGUCUGAAGCUAAUCCUUGUUGGCUUGAAUAUUGCUAAAAGCAGUGUAUAACCUUUCUCUGUAUUCUUGCAUUUUCUAAUGACUCAUUUUUGUAUUUACAUGCAUACAUUCUUGCCUACAAUGUAUAACAGGCACAAUUGUCGCAAUGAAAAUGGCCAUUUGUUUGAAAAAGUUAGAAGUCAGGAAAUAUUUUACAUGUUAAAAGAAUAAAAACAGGGUUGACAUACCUGUUGCAUGAACUUAUUCUUCUGUGGUAAGACAUGGAUAAAUAGUCAACAUGGUAUCUUUUCUAUAUACUUUGUCAUCUGUCAACUUCUAAGAAAUGCCUAUCAAACAAUUCAUCUGUAUCUCUCUCUGUCAAGAUCUGAUGAAACCUCUAUAGGAAGUCGCAAUAGGUUCCUUGAGUGAACUUUGAUGAUCCAAUUGAAAUGAGGGAUAUGUGGUGGAUAAGCUUAUCAGAUGUCAGCUUUCUUGAACAAUUCAUCUCACCUUAUUAAACUGGCAGCUUAGACAGCACUUUGUUGACAAUUUUACUAAUGGUUGGCAUGGAGAAAUUAAUCCUCAGCUGAAAGAAAUUCUUAUGUUGUUGGUGGAAAGAAAUUACUGAAACAACAGGGUAUGAAAUAUCCACAAAAUAGCUUGGUCAUUCAUGUUCACCAUUCUGAAUUGUCAGUUCAUGUUUGUUUUCUACAGAAGUUAAAUAUGCUGCCAGGAAUGGUUCAAUCACUUGUAAUGAGAAUUUAGAAGUCUCCCGAUAAUUGGUUGAUCUGAAAGUUCACCUCAUGUGACCUCUUGAUUGGAGAGUAUGGCAGGUCGUGACGGAGACAGAGAGAAUAAUAUUAAAAGAUGUUAUAAGUUUAAUGCUAUUGGAGCCUCACCACAGCCAUGCUUAUUAAGAGAAUGUGGAGAAUGGGGUUUUUCACUUGCAAGCUGGAUGUCAUCUUAUUCAUUGUCUGGUUUAAUCAUACCAAUGUAAGGGCUGGUUAAUUUAUAUGACCACACCUUGAAAAUCAGUAUUCAUUUUAAACUUUCAUCACCUGGCCCAAAGUGCUCAGAUUCUUGCAUGGUGGCACAGUGUCCUGGUACUUUUCCACAUUUAUUGUAAUUACCCAAACAGAACAUUUGUGUUAAUAUUCCAAGCAGUAUUUGAUUCAUGAAAUUGUAAUAUGAAUUGUAAACACCACCAUGGAGCCAGCUAAAUCAAACAAACAUGUUUUAACUUGGUCAAUUGUGGCACAUGUGUACCUCAAACCAAGUCUAAUACAGCCAAAUCACAAGAAAAAUGAGGUGAGGCAGGAGGUUUUUCAAACGAUGGGGAUGAUAAUCUGAUGAUUAAUAUAUGAUGGUCCAAAGGGUCCUAGAUUAGGUCAAUUGAAUCUAACCAAACAGGAUUUAUACCAUCUUAUCCAUCGUUGUGUUUGGUGAGGAGAGUUUGUGAGCAAAUACUGGUAUACACGGACACUAUCAAGUUUGUCAUGCAACUGAGAUAGGUGAGCUACAGGAUCUUUGGCUACAUACUUUUCCACCCAAAAUGUAUGUAAUUAGAAAUCAGCUCUAUUUUUAAUUAACCUUUCUUUUUUCAUUAACAUUUUCAUUCUGUCUGUUGAAGACAUGGUAAAGGUCACAGAAUUGUUUUCUGUAUUUUGCUUUUGCAUGGAUACAAUGGGAAUUAUCAAUACCCGUAAGCAUUAUUUUAGUGCAAGUUUAAUUUUCUUGCAUUUCUUACAGGACAAUUAUGUCUGUAAAUCUAAUGAAUAUGAAAACAUAGUUUUUCAACUCUGUGUGACAUAGUUUUCAAGCUAUCUAAAACAGUAAGGAUAAGAAUUUAUGGAUGAACAACUUCUUUAAUACAAUUAAGAGCGACGUUUCAUCACUUGCUUGAUAACGGUGUUAGAACCUACACCGAAACAUCGCUCUUAAUUGUAUUAAAGAAGUUGUUCAUCCAUAAAUUCUUAUCCUUCCUUUGUACUCCAACUUCUAGAUGCCUAUCAAAGAAGUUAUCUAAAACAGUUUACCAGCAAUGUCGUACAUUGGUUCAAACAAUACUGCAAUCCAUUUCUCCCAUACUGCUCACAUUUGACGAAUUACAAGAACACAUGGUGCUUAUCAUCCCCUAGUCCAUCUUCCUGGGGUCAGAGUUUCCACUAUCCUAUAAAAAAGCCUAGUUUCCACCCUUGAAAUUUCAAGCCUACUUUUCUGUGCUAAAAUAUGAUUGGACUAAUGCACAUAUUAAUAGUCCAGUCAGAGAACGUUUACAAAAACAUCAUCUUUGUUUUGAAAACGUGGUCACUGCUAUAGCCACAGCCAUCAUCUGUCAAAUUUGCUCUGAAAUUAUUCCAAAAAGUAAGCUAAGAUAAAUAUUUUCAAAGUGUUUCGAAGUUUUCAAACAAGUCGCCUAAGUACUUCGAGUGGAAACUUCAUUGUUUUUUAACUCAAUCGACUCAUUACUUAUCGCAAUGACUUAGAUGCAAUGCUAUUUUUAGAUUAUGCCCCGCUGGGCGAUUUAUGUUGCUGCAAUGUGAAGUGUUUCUUGACACUGCAGUCUCACUAGUAUGUAUGGGGGUAUGCGUCUGUUAUUGUAAGAGUAAAAUGAAGCAGUAAUAAGUAUCUUUACUGGGUAAUCUAUCAUUUUGUUUCUCUGUCAGGGAUGAAAUCUCAGACCUUUUUGUUAUCUGAUCAACCAGGUUGUCUGCUAUGGUUGUCAUCUUUGUGAAGUCAUUCGAAAUAAGAACAGUGAUCUGAUUGGAUAUUAUGUUUUCAUCACAAGGGACACAACUCAUGUUCUACACAGGGUGGUGCCAUGAUCAUAUAUAGGCUAGUGGACACUCUUGCCUCAGGAAGAUGCCUCUGAUCUAGAAUUUUGAAUCAAGUUUCUUAUUAAAAAAAAAAGAGUGGUUAUCCUAUUAUGACAAUUAGCAAUAAAUAUCGGGAUUCAAAGGAGAUGCAGUAGAUGAAUGCGUCUCAUUUCAUAGACAACGAACAAGAAAAUCUCAGUCAGGUAGUAUUUGACAGUCAUACAACAGUAUUUAUUAGAUGCAUACUACAAGCAUUGGGGGUAUAUUCUGAUCAGCUCAGAUUAAUUAUUUCAUGCUUGUGUUGACAAAUUCAGGGCUUACAAAUCAAAUUUAAUGUUGUAAAAAUAACAAGGUUUCAACAGUUAUUAAUGGUAUAGGUCUGUCAUGCAGUGACCAUAUAGGAACCAGUUUUUACAUACCGGUACUUGUAUUGAGAAAGGAUGCAUUUGUGUAGUAAAAUAUUUUGCACAGAUCAUGGUUUUAGAAGAUAUAGUUUGGAGAAGAUGAAUUCGAUAGUAAUGCUUAGUAGGAAAAGAACACCAAAAUUUAACAUAACAGUAGAAUAACUUUUGCAGCAAGAGUGCUGGAAUUAGUCUAUUAAAGAGUCCUGUUGGUUUUGUGUGUGAUGAUGCCAUGGUGUACCAGUAGUCCUUGCUGUAAGUUUGUUGUCAACAACUUGAGCUCUUUCAAACAGACUAAGUUACACCCAAUCUUUACAUUCAUAAUAGAAGGCUAGGUGACCAUUUUACACAUAAGGAGAAAACAAGUAUCAAAUGGUACUAAAUAGCAUGAGGUCUUUUCAUGAAAGUCAUAUUCUUGGUCUCAAGUUAUUUUUUAAAUAAUUUUAGUUAUAAUCAAACUAGUAAAGGUUUAUUUUUAGGGGCAUUCUCACAUGUAUUUAGUGAGUAUCUUUUCAGUAUAUUGUAACAGUUAUUUUUUAUUUAUGAUACUUUUUUACAAACUGUAAAACGUGAAUUUAACACAUAUGAAUACUAUGAUACUUAUGUACAAUUAUUGAUGAUCCUAUAUUAUUUUUUCAUUAGGUUACUCUUGCAUUAACUAAUAAUACCUGUAUGUAACACGGAUUAUAGUUCCUUAUCAAUUUUUAUAAUGCAUUUGAUAGACCCUUUAGGCACGCAUUGAUGAAUAAGGAAGCAUGUAAGGUCAAUGGAAUGGUACACAUUAAAUGCAGUAUGGUCUUCUAUUAAAGGUUCCUGUGAUGAAGAGUGUCAUGCAUUUCUUUCUGAAUGUUAAAAGACCUGGAAAAAAGUUAAAAACCACUCCUUUCUAGUGUGCAUAUGUUUGCUUCCACCAUGUGUCCACAUACCUUUUGCAGAUAUGGACACAUGACAUUGAUCUCAUUUUGAUAAAUGUCUAUUAGAUACCACUGUACCUGCUUAAGAGUUGGUACAAGAACAUUAUUUGUUCCUCCAGGUGGAUGCAGGUACUAAGGCAUCAUGUGAUGCAGACAAGCAGAGGAAACAAGUGAAAGGGUAAUCAAACUAACUGUUGCCAUGGAACCAAACAAGUCAUAUGAUAAUCGACUCUGGUUUGUUUUUCGACAUGGGUUUGUCACUAUGUACAGAAAGCUAGUACUGGAUGCCGUUUAUGAGUAUGUCUAUUUUAUGUGGAAAUAAGUAGUAAGCAGUGCUUAACUUUGUCCAUGUGCAUAGAAAUAACUGCAGUGUGAUUCUGUUGUCAUCCUUCAGUGGAAUUACAUUGAAGGAGAGCAUAAUGAACUCAGGAUUGUCAUAGUCUCCCACCUCAGGUUUUCCUUCAUCUAAUUUCGUACAUGAUGUUUUCAUUUGCAUUCGGUUUGAUCUGGCCAGAUUGUGGUAAAACUGACAAAGUGUUGUCCUCGCUUAGAAAGAAUAAUGUGAAUAGGAUUGCAUGAGAUCAAAUUCUCAUGACUGUUUCGAGUGUUUGGCCAGCCCUCACAUGAAAACAUGACACAUUUCUCUAGAGAAGGAUAUAAUGAGAUGGGACUAUUGUGUUUGGUGUACAAUCAAAAUAUCUUCCACCUGUAGACAUCCAUCCUUCGAGUUCCUGACUAAUGUUUGUUGGUAUUACAAUGCUCUAUAAAACAUUCACCGUUAGUGUCUGACAUUAGUACGGUUGAGUAUGAUGGUUAUCUGACAAUUGCUGUGAAUGUCUGAGAGUUCAAUCAGUUAGAUAUCUGUUUUUCAGUUUGUGUUCUAUUAACCUACCUGUCAGAGAAUAUGUAGGAGUUUGAAGAAGUCAGGAAUAUAUUUGAGUAUCAUUUCUUCAGGAAUCAAUUAUUUGAAAUCAGUCAAUCUGACAAAUUGUAAGAAUUGGUAUAGACUUAUAUGUAGUUAUUCGUUGACAAGUAAGUAGUAACUAAAACUGGAACCAUGUUUCCCAAAAGUGGUAAAUUGCCAUAACUUCUCUUACCUUUGGUUUUGUCUCCUAACACUUGUCAAUGUUUUUCAGGAUUUUGAAAAAACAACUUUUUGGCCAAAACAAAGGCAGAAAAAGGAUACCUUUAUGUCUUUUUGUCCAGUUUUUGACUAUUUAGUUUACUUCCCGUAGGACAUCUCGACAAACUUCAGGUAACCACAACACAGGACCUUUCAUCAGUCUUUAUAUAUAUGGGUUGUUUAAGAAAAGAUUCUGUACUGCAUUUAGGAACAUUGAUAUCAGUACUAUGUUAUAACCAUGGAGGAAACAGUAGGACUGUCCUUGCCAGUCUGAUGUGAAGCUGGGGUUUCCAUUCCACAGUACUUGAUGAAACUGUCAGAUAGGCUUCCAGCAUGUUUGUGUGUACAUUGUGGUUUUAUUCUACAAUGAAAAACAGAAGGUUUAUUUCGUCAAACUUCUGGAUAAUGUUCUGACAUACUGAGGUGAUAUUUGUUUUGUUCUGUAAUUGCCCUGAUGUAAGGUCCUAGGGGUCAAGAGAAUAUUCCUCUGUGAAGGAAGGCUGCCAACAAGGUGAUGUGUCAUGUACAUAAUGUCUCCUAGUGGCUGGUUCAUCAGGAGAGUAGAUGUAACAUAUGCAGUAUGGAGAUGACUAUGUCGUGUGUUUCAGUCUUUGAAAUACAUCACAAGUUCGUACUGGGCUUAAGUCAACAAAUGUACCUUUUUCUGUAAAAAAAAUGUAAAAGUAUUUCUUUUUUUACAGAGUAUCUUCAUCAAUAUGAAAGGAGGAAAAAUAUAAAUUAUUAAUUUUAUUCCUUUAAUCAAGCUAUUGAAACAAUGUAGGAUGAUUACAAAUUCAUAUUUACAACAUGUUUUCGGCCUUAGAAGUGUAUGAUUUAUGACAAGUUUAUCUAGGAUUUUAGUGAAAUAACAAUACAAUGCCAGUUUGUACAUGAUGUCAAAUCUAGAUUUUUGUACUGUCUGUAAAUAUCAUAAGCAUAUCUUCGUGUGACAGCGGUCUUUGAAGCUGUUUGAAGAUUUGGUCGUUCUGCGGGCAGAACUAAGUUUUAUACUUCAGAUGAGAAUUGUAUCAUAUUUUUUCACCUUCCAAUAUGUAUCCACCCACACUAGUGAAAGUGUUUAACAUGUUUGGGUGUCGUGUGACUCUGUUACCUAGCAGUGCAAUUGUGUCUUUUUGUAUUCUUGUUGAACGUGCGGUAGAGAGUGAUGUUUGCUGGACCGGUUGUAUUGUGGUCACAACUUGGUGUCUAUGAACCUUGUUUCACAGGGACUGAAUGGGAUCUUUGAUAAAUCACCAUGGAUGUUUUUAAGGUUUUUCUCUAUAACAGUUUACAGUCCUGUGCAAUGAUUCCACAUAUAUGUUGAAUGUACAUGUGAUUUUCUAAGAGGUUUUUCCUUUUUGAUAAGUGUUUGAUAAGUUCUUGUGAGGGUAAACUUCACUUUCACCCUUAUACAUAUGUUGUCUUCAAUGUCACAAGGUUUUGGAACUUGUUUAUGAACAUUAGAGAUUUUGUAGAAGUUAAGCUUAAGAAAAUCUGGUGCUUUUCAAUAUGUACACAUUUCAACAUGGCGCUAUUUCUAUGCUAUUUCAGUGUAGAAAAAAAUAAUAUUAUCAAAUUAUUUUCUGCAGUUUUCCUAGGUUUAUUUCUUAAGUGUAGCAGACAUAAUGUUCCUAGGUUUAUUUCUAUAGUGUAGCCAAAAUGUAUUUUCUUUCCUAAGCGUAUACCUGUACAGAAAUUCAGGUUAUUGUGUUUUAUUAUGUUCUGAAUAGAAAAGUAGCAUUUCCUUUGUAACCACGGUGGUGUGCAUUGGCGUGCAUCCCUAACAGAAUGUGAUCUUUUUACCAAACUAGAUAUUGCAUCAAAGAAAGAUAGAAUGUGUACUGUACAGUACAGUACAGUACAUCAACAUGAAAUUAUUUUAGCUACACUGAUAUAAUAGCAGUCAUGGGUUCCUUGACCUGUGGAAAUCCUUUUCAUCUUUGGUGUAUUAGGAUAGGAUACAUUGACAUCACAAAUAAUUUGCCAAAUAGAAUCACAUUAGCGUUUUCAGUGCAUUGAAUGCUUGUGGUGUGUUGUAGGUGCUCCUCCAAUGUGAGGCAUUCCCUUUUAUACCUUAUUUAAAAUCAUAAUAAGGCCCAACAAUUUUAAUUGUUUGUUUACAGAUCCUUGCAUCCCAAAUACCUCAAGGCAGGAGAUACAAACAUGCUCCUUGUGCAUAUUACCAUAUGUGUCUUGCAUACAAUACACACCCUCCUUUUCGGGAGCUCAGUUUAUGUCGGGGACAAAUUAUGACCUUUUGCUUCAGAUGAGAGAACAAACAUUGUCAAAUUGCCAAUGUGAUUGUACAAUAUGAUACAAAAGAUAAAUAGACAUGAUUAUUUUAUGUCACAAAAUUUAACUCUCUUUUUCUUUUUUACUCAGCUUUCAGUGCCAGGCAGGUCUGUAACAAGUAAUUAAAUUGGUUUGGUCUAAUGGUCAAUUAUUGUGUUGUUGUUAGUGGCCGUGAUUGGUCAGUCAGCAGCUUGUUGAACAUGACCAUGUUUGAAUUAAAUCUUGUGUAUUGUCCUUUAUCUAGUUCUCAUGAUAAGAUAACAAGUUAUUUAUAGUUGUGUGGGUCGGGCAUUUAUUGUUUUUGGAAAUAGUGCAGAUGAUAUGAAUUUCUGGAAAAAAACAAGAAUAGCUGUAUAAUUUCUAAUGUGGCAGAAAGUGAUAUAUAUCUAGCUCACUUGUUUUCAAAAUAUUUUAUUGCCCCAAAAGACAAAGGGAUUAGGCACAAAUGCACCACUUAAAGCCGCCUCCUCCUAGGGACAUUGUACAAGAAUAUUGACAGUGAAGUACCUCCUUCCCUCCUUCAUCUUCCCGAGGCAAGAGAGUUAACUGACUUUAAAAGUCCAGUUUCCACACUUGCCGAACUAGGCUGGUAUUAUGGAGUUACAGAUUUGCUGGACUAACGAGUCUGUGCAUAGUCCAAUC